AUGCUGUGUCUGUGAUUUGUAGGAUGUUUAGGGAGCCAGCGGAGAAGAGGUUGAGGACUGAUGCGGUCGGACACGGGAGCUGAUGUAGUCUGGCCGGCUUCCAAGAAAUAGUCCGAUGCAUGUGGGCGGCCGAGGACAGCUCUGUUCCGGCUUAGGUUUCGGGUCUCCGUACGGAAUCCGCGGCGGAGAACCAGAGCUGCAUCUGUCAGUUUAGAGACAUUGGGGAACCGACAGCUACAUGCCAAACAAGCAACUCUGUAGUCUGUUGGUCAUCAGUCAACAUCACUCUUCUACCCGGCUUCGCGCAGUAGCAUUGGCCCUUCCACUACACCAGACACACGCCAAUUCUUUCAAAGCACCAUCAUCAUCGUCAGUUGCUUCACUCGUUAACUCAAAAACUCAACCACACUCUGCAAAAUGACGAUCCAACGUUCGACCCGCCUCAACACCGUCUACACGCUGCUCGACGGCUACGGCAGCCUAUCCGUAUCGACGCUGAUUGCUCCCCUGGCCGCCAACUUCAAGCACAGCGUGCUCCCGGAGUCACUGGGCAUGGCGACGCGCGGGCGCGAGGCCUUUGAGCAGCACGCGGCGGGCAUCUUCUCCGUCUUCGAGAGCUUCGCCAUGGUACCCAAUGCCAUCUUCGAGGACACACAAAAGAACGCCGUCAUCAUCAACGCCAAGAUGGAGGGAGUGAUGAAGGGAGGCCGGGAGUGGGCAAACGAGUGCGUCAUGAUUGUGCAGUUGUCCGAGGACCAGCGCGAGGUGAUCGAGGUGACGGAGUUUGUCGACAGCGCCAAGGCGCUCGAGAUGCGCAAGAACGUGAAGCCGCCAGGGUUUGACGACGAGUAGGUGAUGGAAUCAGGUAGAUUGAUGGAGGAAGGAACAAAGAAAGAAUAAAAUCAAAAUCAAAGCAAAAUGAUCGUCCCGCCGUGCCGCUUGCCG